AUGGCCGCGAUCAGCUCCGGUAGCCGUGUCGCAGCCGUAAUGCGCCGCAGACGUGUUGUUAACCUGCCUUUGUUCGUGUUUGUCCCAGAUGAGGUUCGAACUGGAACAAACAGACAGCUGUUUCCCCCACAGCAGCUGAUAACUGGGAAGGAGGACGCCGCCAACAAUUAUGCCAGAGGCCAUUACACCAUUGGCAAGGAAAUCGUAGACCUGGUACUUGACCGCGUACGCAAACUGUGCGAUCAGUGCACUGAACUACAAGGAUUCCUCAUCUCCCACAGCUUUGGCGGUGGAACUGGAUCGGGUUUUGCUUCAUUGUUGAUGGAGAGGUUGUCCAUUGACUAUGGCAUUGGAAGCAUAAAGACCAAGAGGACCAUUCAGUUUGUGGACUGGUGCCCCACAGGGUUCAAGGUCGGCAUCAACUAUCAGCCGCCAACUGUGGUUCCAGGAGGUGAUCUGGCCAAAGUUCAAAGGGCAGUCUGUAUGUUGAGCAACACCACAGCCAUCGCAGAGGCCUGGGCCCGUCUGGAUCACAAGUUUGAUCUAAUGUACGCGAAGAGAGCCUUCGUGCACUGGUACGUUGGAGAAGGAAUGGAGGAGGGCGAGUUUGCGGAGGCCCGUGAGGAUUUAGCCGCUCUCGAGAAAGAUUACGAAGAGGUGGGAGUCGACACUUUCGACGGAGAAGUCUGCCGCCGUCGAGCCGCGGACCGGGAGACGGCAGAGAUCUCCAUUCGCGGGUUCUGUUGA